UUGAUGAAUCAUAUAUUGAGAUCUUCACCUGCAUAAGGGAAGACAAGCACUCAAAGCCUGACGUUCAGAAGUAUGACUGUUUUGUACUUUUGUUUCUCUGUCAUCAGUCGUCAAGACUUUACAUAAAAGCGUCUAUCCUCGCAGGAAUGUAGUUUGGAGGGCGGAGACUAGCAGCAACAUUACAUUCUGCAUCCAGAAACUGUGAAAUAUGGACACUGCCAUGAGAACAGCCGUGAUCAUUCGAGAUCGUUCAGCACUGUUCAGAACAGGAUCCGAGCGCAGCGCGAAGGCAGGAGUGGGACUGGAGAUGACGGAGAGGUGGAUGUAGUGUUCGGGCUCGGGAUCUGUCGCUCGUACGCACGGCUGGAGUUUACGCUGUGCGUUUUGUAACGAGGGUUGUUCUUUGUUGAGACAUUGUUUUCUGCCUGGCUGUUUUCAGAGGACCGGUGGACCGCUGCUCAUUUCAGCCCCCGAAUCUGCUCUUAUAUCUGGACGGGACGUGGAGAUAAAAGAGUUCAGCAUGAGGAAUAACGAGGAGACUGAGGGCUUUGAUGGCGAGGCCUCCAACACCUCGAUGAUUUCAGGAGCCAACAGUCCUUAUCAGCCGACCACCGAGCCCGUGCACUCCAGAAACGUGUUCAGGGCCAUCAGGUGUGACCUGGACUAUAUCAAAUCACAUUUUGGUAUUUUAAAAAUUAUCGAAGUGGUCCUGGCUCUCAUCUCUUUCAUCUUUAUCGAGACUGUAAUGAUGUGCUCGCCCUGUGCCGGCGUCUACCUCUUCGAGUUUGUCAGCUGCAGUGCCUUCGUUGUCACAGGCGUCUUGCUCCUCAUCUUCAGUCUGAACCUGCACACCAAAGUGCCGCAUAUCAACUGGAGCCUAACAGAUCUAAUCAACACUGCCACCAGCACCUUGUUCUUCUUUCUGGCUUCAGUGGUUUUGGCAGCUCUCAACCAUCAAACUGGAGCAGAGAUUGCAGCUGUGAUUUUUGGGUUCCUGGUGAUGGGCGUGUACGGUCUGAACACAUUUUUGGCAGUACAGAGAUGGCGUCUCGGGGAUUCACGAGAUGGACCCCUGCAAACCAGCGAGUACAUCCGUGCCCGCACGGCCUCACGGGGAGAGGUGGAGUCACGGCCUGAGCUACAGUAAAGCACACGGACAGACCAACGAAGACUGAGACAAGUAAAGCCCGUCUACAUUCCUGUCACAGUGUGCUCUCGAUGACGGCAAUCGAGAUGAACGGUUACAAAGAAACAAUUGCGUGAAGAGGCCAGCGUCUUUUGACUGUCUACUUAAAUACUGUAUAUUUCUGUUAAUUAAGGGCUUAACCUUAUAAUGAUCUGGAUAAUUAUUGACUGAAACUCACUCCACUGUGCUCCCAGCGGGGAACCUGAAAGGUUUUAAAAAUGCCUGCAAUAAAACAGACAAAGCCUGUCAGUCACCCCCUUCUAUUUAGCGCCUUUCCCAGCAGGCUACAUGAAAGGAAAGCAACUAUGCCUAAAAUGUCUUAUCAAAGAUCAAAAAUAACUAUACAGAAUGGAAAUGGAAAUGAAUUGUUUUUCCUCUGUUCCUGUAUCAAACGCAUCUAGUAAACUGUCGCUGGGCUGUUUUUCUGCAGAGAUUGAGUGACUAGAUUUUAUGAGCACCAGUAUUUAUUUUAAUGUUAAUUUUUUGUUCGUAAUACCACAGCUUUGGUAGCUACAUUGUAUUAAAUGUAGUAUUUCACCUCGUGAAUGUGACCCUGCAUUACAACAGACAGUAACAGCUUUCGAAUUGUCUGUAUGGGUGAAGGGAGGUGUGAGCUUAUGAAACUUCAUCUGCGGAUAAUAUAAUUUUUUUGGUUACAAAAUCACAUGUCCGUAGUCCAUACUAAUCGAUCAUUUUUGUUCUUUGUUGUUGUAUGUAAGAAUUUCUUGACUCCACUGUGUACUCCAACCCUGUCCAGUUAUCUGUAUAUUUCGAUUUAAACAAGGGUAGAGUUUUUGAAGAAGGUGUAUAUAUUACGUAUCUGUGUGUGACAUUUUACAUUUCUGAAGGUUUGUAUGAAUUCUUAUGACUGACACUAAUAGACUGUAUUUGAAGGAACAAGUGUACUGCCGUACAUAUGAAUGCUUUAGCUAAACUGUGUAUCUUUUUUCAGUGUGCCUUAAUCGUAGAGGCUUUACUAGUUGAAAUGCUCAAACUUUUGGACACUAAUGUUAUGACAACGUUAGCAGAACUGCUUCAUUGGGUGUGAAAUUCAAACAUUUUACCAACAGUCUGUAAUGAUCCCUGAUUUAAUAAUCAGUUUUCUGAAGUGCUUUAGUGACUCUAAUGGGUCUUUUUAUUAAAAGGAGUGUCAUAGAACGACAUCAGGAGGAAAAUGAAAUGUAUCACAAAUUUGAAGGCAUAGUGCAAUUGUACAUGUUUUUUUUUUUUUUUUUUU